GGCACUUUCCAAACUCCGCGCUGCUCCGUCCGCGUCGGCACGCGCAAGGAAGGACUGUUGCUGCUUAAGGAAACCGGCAGGAGAGGAGAGGGCAAAGCGCCUGCGUGAGGAGGAGAAGAAAAAGAAGAAGAGACGCGAAGGGGAGUCAGGAGACGUCAACUGGGGAAGCAGCGGAGGUGAGGGGAACUAGCCACGAGCUCUCUUCGGGCUGUCCACGGAGACUUUUCCAGGGGGUUCGUUGGCGAAGAGGCAGCAGGAGCCGGUGCCGGGGCUUAAGCGGGGGGACAAAAGCCCGCGCAUCAGAGCCGCGGAACGGCUGGACACCAAAGUGGAGGAGCAACCGUCCGCAAGCCCGGUCGGCUCGGUCAGAAGCAGUAGGAGGGCCCGUGAGCAAUGGCGGCCCGAAGUAGAAACAGCGGCGUUGGCUCUCCCUAGCCGGGGAGCGGACUUGCAACUGUGCCGCGGUCGGGCUGGGGGAGUAUUCGAACCGGCGCUCGGGUUGUUGCCCUUCUCCGUUCUCAGCCGAGCUGAGCGUCCAGCCGCCGCCCCUCCCAGCGCCCUGGCCAGCCCCACAGCGCCAAGGUGUGUGGCGGGCGGGCGGGCUGGGCGGCCAUGGAGACCCCGGCGGAGAACCCAAGCAAGGCGGCGGAGUACCUCAAGGAGCUCAACAAGAUCAUCGAGACGCAGCAGGAGCUGCUGGAGAAGCAGAAGCUCCGGAUAGACGAGCUCGAGCAGCAAGUGGCCCGGCUGUAUCACGAGAACGCUCGUCUGCAGGACGAGCACCAGCGGCACCUGGCCACAUGCAGGCUGCUGCUACUGCAGCAGCAGGGAGCCCUGCCCGCGCUGCUGCCGCCGCCGCCGCCGCCGCCGCCGCCGCCGGGAGAUGGCCAGGAGACCGCCAAGGAUGAAAAGUCUGAAGGUGAAAGUUCAAGAAGCAUCAGGUCUAUUAAUACUCUGCACCAGUUUUGCUGUCCAGCUCCAUUGUACCAUACCCAGCUAACUGUCCCUGCCACACACUCAGAGUACAGGACUUCCUUGGAAACAAGAAGCAGCCUUUCAACUGAUCCACUCAGUGUUGAGGGUGAAGCUCCUGGAAGUGAAACUGGCACAUCAUUGGAUAGUCCGUCUACCUAUCAUCAAGGAACUAUAACUCACAGUUCAGCUAUAAGCCCAGACCAUUACGACCAUUCUCCAUAUGGACUGUAUUCUGUUUCUCCUGGGCAGCAAAGGCCUCGGAGGCCAAAGCUUCAGCACUCAACAUCCAUAUUGAGAAAACAAGCAGAGGAAGAAGCUAUUAAAAGGUCAAGGUCCCUUUCAGAGAGCUAUGAACUCUCAUCCGACUUGCAGGAUAAGCAGGUUGAAAUGCUAGAACGGAAAUAUGGGGGCCGUCUCAUAACUAGACAUGCUGCUCGUACUAUACAGACUGCUUUCCGUCAGUAUCAGAUGAACAAAAACUUUGAGCGGCUUAGAAGUUCUAUGUCUGAAAAUCGUAUGUCAAGACGCAUUGUACUGUCCAAUAUGAGAAUGCAGUUUUCGUUUGAAGGACCUGAGAAAGUCCAUAGUUCGUACUUUGAAGGGAAGCAAGUUUCUGUUACAAAUGAUGGAUCAAAACUAGGAGCCCUUGUCCAAUCUGAAUGUAGUGACCUUGGUGAAUCAGCUACAAUGAAAUCUCCAGCAGCAUCCACUGAUUUCGCUGAUGCCAUAACGGAAUUGGAGGAUGCUUUUUCAAGACAAGUAAAAUCUCUUGCAGAGUCCAUUGAUGAUGCACUAAAUUGUCGUAGCCUGCACUCUGAUGAGGUACAGAUACCUGAUCAAGUCAGAAGUCGUGAAAUAGAGAGGGACAGUUGUGGUCAAACUAAACCAUCAAGCCAUAAUGUGGAUCAUAGGAAACUGGAUGAAAUGACUGCAUCAUAUAGUGAUGUUACUUUAUAUAUUGAUGAGGAAGAACUAUCCCCACCACUUCCACUUUCCCAGUCUGUAGAUAGGCCAUCUAGCACAGAAUCUGAUCUAAGACUUCGAUCAAUGAACCCAUCUCAAGAGUACUGGUCUAUGACACACAAAGAUCAUAAGAUAGACACUGACACGAGCUGCAGGAGUACCCCUUCAUUAGAAUCCCAGGAGCAAAGAAUGAGGAUGGAUCAUCUGCCUUUACUAACCAUAGAACCACCAAGUGACAGUUCAGUGGACUUAAGUGAUCGUUCUGAGAGAGGUUCAUUAAAGAGACAGAAUGCAUAUGACCGAGGAAUUACUAGUCAGCAAGGUAGCCCAAAACAUAUCUCACAUGGCAUCCCUACCAAGAUAAUAUCUCGAGAUGACCAGGAGACUAGACAUAGACCAAGGCCUAUUGAUAGUCACUUAGCUAUUAAUGGCACAGCAAACAGGCAAAGCAAAUCUGAGUCUGAUUACUCCGAUGGAGACAAUGACAGCAUCAAUAGCACUUCCAAUUCCAAUGACACAAUAAAUUGCAGCUCAGAAUCUUCUUCUCGAGACAGCCUAAGGGAACAAACCUUGAGCAAGCAAACAUAUCACAAAGAGACUCGAAAUAGCUGGGAUUCUCCUGCCUUCAGUAAUGACAUCAUCAGGAAACGUCACUAUAGGAUUGGAUUGAACCUUUUUAAUAAAAAACCCGAAAAAGGAAUCCAGUACCUGAUUGAGAGAGGCUUUGUGCCAGAUACGCCUGUUGGAGUUGCCCAUUUCCUUCUACAGAGAAAAGGACUGAGCAGACAGAUGAUUGGAGAAUUCCUUGGAAAUCGACAAAAGCAGUUUAACCGGGAUGUAUUAGAUUGUGUUGUGGAUGAGAUGGACUUCUCUGCUAUGGAACUGGAUGAAGCACUCAGGAAAUUUCAAGCUCAUAUCCGUGUCCAAGGAGAAGCUCAAAAAGUAGAACGACUCAUUGAAGCUUUUAGCCAGAGAUACUGUAUCUGCAAUCCAGGUGUGGUGAGACAGUUCAGAAAUCCUGAUACCAUCUUCAUCCUAGCUUUUGCAAUCAUAUUAUUAAACACAGAUAUGUAUAGUCCAAAUGUGAAGCCAGAACGCAAGAUGAAGCUUGAAGAUUUUGUCAAGAAUCUAAGAGGUGUAGAUGAUGGUGAAGAUAUCCCCCGAGAGAUGCUUAUUGGAAUUUAUGAAAGAAUCCGAAAGCGGGAACUCAAGACAAAUGAAGAUCAUGUUUCACAGGUCCAGAAGGUUGAAAAACUCAUAGUAGGAAAGAAACCAAUUGGAUCUCUACAUCAUGGACUUGGUUGUGUACUCUCUCUUCCACAUCGGAGGCUUGUUUGCUACUGUAGACUCUUUGAAGUUCCAGAUCCAAAUAAACCUCAGAAGCUUGGUUUACACCAGCGAGAAAUAUUUUUAUUUAAUGAUCUCCUUGUGGUCACCAAAAUUUUUCAAAAGAAGAAGAAUUCAGUCACAUACAGUUUUCGACAGUCCUUUUCCCUCUGUGGAAUGCAGGUCCUCCUUUUUGAGAAUCAGUAUUAUCCAAAUGGCAUACGGCUCACAUCAGCUGUUCCAGGAGCAGAUAUAAAAGUUCUGAUAAAUUUUAAUGCGCCAAAUCCCCAGGACAGAAAGAAAUUUACAGAUGACCUGAGGGAGUCUAUUGCAGAGGUACAAGAAAUGGAAAAGCACAGAAUAGAAUCCGAACUAGAAAAGCAGAAAGGUGUCGUACGGCCAAGUAUGUCUCAGUGCUCUAGCCUGAAAAAAGAAUCUGGCAAUGGGACACUAAACCGAGCCUGCCUUGAUGACAGCUAUGCUACUGGGGAAGGGCUUAAAAGGAGUGCCCUCAGCAGCUCUCUGAGAGACCUCUCUGAAGCAGGCAAGCGUGGGCGUCGCAGCAGUGCAGGAUCGCUAGACAGCAAUAUGGAAGGGUCCAUCAUUAGCAGUCCUCAUAUGCGCCGAAGAGCUACAUCAACCCGAGAGUGUCCAUCUCGCCCUCACCAGACUAUGCCUAAUUCUUCCUCACUACUAGGGUCAUUAUUUGGUAGUAAAAGGGGAAAGCCUUCCCAAGGCCAUCUAGCGUCUGGCCCAUCACAACAGCCUCAGCACCCUCCCAUAAUUUCACAUCAGCAACACUCUCAGCAUCCUUCUGCCAUGCACCACACAGGGCCAGCUGAGGGGCAGACCCAGGCACAAGUGCACAGCCACCAUUCUCAGUACUGCCACAUGCAGAAUCCACCCCCUUAUCAUCACCACCACCACUACCACCCACCCCAGCAUAUCCAGCACCCACACCAAUAUCACCAUGUGCCACAUUCCCAGCAUGUAGCUCAUUCCCAGCAUUCUUACAUGCCACAUUCCCACUCACAACAUUCCCACGCUCCCCAUCCUCCCUUGCCCACUCAUCCUGCCCACUCCUCCCACGCUGCACAUCACCAUGGACAGCCAGUGCCCCCUCCUACUUCAGCCAGCACUAAGUCCAAACAUAGUGGCAUCAGCACAAUAGUCUAGAAUGAAAGUACCCUGCCAGUAAUUGUAGCUCUAGACAUAGAUAUAAAGGCACUUAACAGAAGCAGCCUAUAAAACUGGAUUCUUAUUUUUAAAUCCAAGCCAGAAACAAUUUAAUUGACUCCUUUGCCUUAAGGAUUCAAUAGAACAAUUCCUAUUAGCCUGAUCAAUGCUGGUCUUACAGUUGAACUCAGUGGUGACCUUCUCCCUCCUUUUUCUCCAGUAGCCUUGAAAAUAUGCUGCUUGCUGAAAACGUUAAGCUACCUUUUUUCAUCCCCAUGACAAUUUUUAAUGCAUUAUGAAAACAUAACCUACUCAAAAUAAAAGGAAAAAAUAUGAAAUAGAACCAAGUCUUGCAUUCUUGCUCCUUAAUUGUCAAUGGGCAAAAAAAGUAGACCUCAUAUGGUUGAUGAAAUUUCAGCAUUUUGAGCCACCUCA